AUGGGUCCGCACUGUGCCUGUAUCAUCGAGGGAACCGUCAACGACCUUGCCCAAGAGCCCAGGCAAUCUUCACACUGGGAGUCAAAAUGGUACACACGGCCUCAACACAUGCCCUUAGCAAGCCCACACGCAAACCAUUGGGUUGCAAGUGACUCGAAAAUUCUCAAUCAGUCGUCAAUUAUGCCACCUUCUAUCAGGCAAAUCAUCAACACUGAAGAUGAAAUAAUCAACGAUGUGCAUGUCAUGUCUGCGGAGUGA